GGUACUCGAAUGGUGACUAAUUUCGAUGCAAUCGUGUUUAUUGUCAAAAAGUGAAUGCAUAAUGACACAAUAACAGAUACGCCUGGUUUAAUUUAGAUUAAUGUUCACAAGAAGAAUGUGUGAAAAAGUGGUGUCAAAUAUCAGCAUUGAAUUAUAUACAGACUUUUAAAAAUUCCUAUGCAAUCACUAAGAAUUAUCUCAAACACCAAAAGUAACUAUGAAAUAUGAAAACUAUCGACUCUGACAACGACUACAACAAUUUCAAUUCAUACAAUAAUAAAGUAGAGGAAACGACUGAUUUAUUAAUAAAUGGGAACGGCGAUACUUUGCUCCGGUGCAACGCCGACCUAGCAAAAAGUUUUAAUGUGUUAAAGUCGACGCCGCCGAUGGGUCAUAAGGGCCGUUUUUAUCAGCGCGUCCUACUCAAAAGUAAUAACUCCGCAAACGUAACGGAAGAUUCUCGAAGCAAAAGCUUACCGAAUUCUCUAGAAAAAAAUAAGUCCUUAAACGGUAGUGAUAUCGAAACUGUCGAGUGCUGUGAUAUAGAAUCUAAAUUGUUGCCGACGACGGACGGCGACAGUCCUCCGGUUUCGCCGGUUUUUCAAGAUUUGUGGUUUAAAACGUGGCCGGAACGUUAUGAUAAGUUAAAAACUAACGACACGGACCCGGUACAUUCCGAAGGGAGCUCUAGUAAUGGUUAUUUAUACGCUACGUGUAGUAGUACACAGAAAUCCCCUGUAGUCCGUAAAAACGAUGUUAAAAAAGUCACGUUGAAUGAAGCGCUUGAAAAUAUUUCAUUGGCGUAUAGUCCCAUUACAAAACAAUUACAUUUUGUUAAAAAGGACAUCGUUGAAACAUCGAAAGUGGAAGAAUCUGAUGAUAUUAUUAAUAAAAUUGAAGAUAAUACUUUAUGUCCUGAAAAUGUUAGGCCUCAUCAUAGUAGAUCAAGUACAAUUUCAAGUUUAAGUGAUUUUUCACCUUCCGGUAGCUUAUUAGACCCUGAUGAAAGAACAACACCAACGAAGGAUUUAAGUGAAAGCAAAAGUUGCAAAAAAAAGAAAGGAACCUUUUUUAAUAAAAAUGUAUUCUCUUGGAAGCUUUUUGCGAAAGCAAAGGAUGAUGGUUCUAUUCCACAUUCACCACAACAUUGUAAUGUUAUUGCCAGUUCUUCCGCUUUAAUACUAAAUAAACGACCAUCUACGUUACCAGCUAAAAAUGAAGCUGAAGAACAAAGACAUAGGGAAGAAUAUCAAGCAAUUUUAAUCGCUGCCAAGAAAAAAGAGGCACUAAAUAACGCGGCUAAACAGAAACAACAAAAAAUUCAGUUACAAUUGGAGGAGCAACAAGCGAAUGCAACAAAAUAUUUUACGCACACUGUUUUAGCAAAUUGGGAUACUAUGUAUUGUGUAAAGAAAACUAAAGAUUUAUGGUGGCAUGGGCUUCCUUCAAGUGUGCGCGGAAAAGUUUGGCGUUUAGCAAUAGGAAACGAUUUGAACUUAACUCCUCAACUACAUGAUAUAUGUCUUUCGCGUGCACAAAUUAGAUUGAGUAGUCCAGAACCGCCUGAAAUCGAUACAGUUAAUAUUGAUCAAGAAAGUAGCUUGGACGUAAUUCAACUGGAUAUAGCUCGAACGUUUCCGAAUCUUUGUAUUUUUCAAGAAGGCGGUCCUUAUUCGGAGGUACUUCAUUCGUUAUUAGCAGCUUAUGUGUGUUAUAGACCUGAUGUAGGUUAUGUACAAGGAAUGUCUUAUAUCGCAGCUAUUCUUAUAUUAAAUAUGGAUCCUUAUGAUGCUUUUGUAUGUUUUGCGAACCUCUUAAACAAACCGUUACACAUCGCAGCGUUCACGUUAAAUCAACACCAAAUGCAGUCUUAUUACAAAGCUUUUAACGAAAUUUUUAAUUAUUCUUUACCAAAAUUAUAUUGGCAUUUCGUCAAAUCGGGUUUAACACCCGAUAUGUAUUUAUUGGAUUGGAUUUAUACGGUUUAUGCGAAAGCGAUGCCUUUGGAUGUGGCGUGUCGUGUUUGGGAUGUUUUUUUGAGAGAUGGAGAUGAAUUUCUUUUUAGAACAGGAUUAGGAAUCUUACAUUUACAUCAAGAUACUCUAAUGAAAAUGGACUUUUUACAUGGAGCUCAGUUCUUAACGAGACUUCCCGAAGAUAUGUCGUCUGACCAACUUUUCAAAAGUAUUCAAAUGGUAAGCACAAAUGUCGGGAAACAAACAUUUGGUCAAAUCGUUGAAAAAUGUCUCUCCUCGAAUGAUACGUAACGGUAAUUUUAUUUAAAAAUUAUCCGUUCUCGAACAAAACCGACUGAUUUUUUUUUCAAUUGAAAUAAAACCAGAAAAUCCUAGUUAAAUCAUUACUUCUACUCAUAACCGUUCUUUUAUGUUAAUUAAGAUGUUAAUUAAUCAUUUUUAUCGUCCCUCAGGGUAAAAUUAGCUAUUCCACUGCCACUUAGUCUUUAUGAAUGUAAUAAAAAUUGAAUUUUAAAUGCUUGUGAUGUUCUUUGGCGUAGAGACUAAGUCGGAUUUUUUAAAAUUUCUCGUCUUAUUUUUUUUAUUAGAAUAAUUCUCGAAUUUUUGGCAAUAUUGAAAUACAUAUGAUUAUUACAGGGUGAUAAAUUAAAAACUUUAUUCACACCUAGAUACCUCGAAUAUCCAUGAAAUCUCAUUACAAAACAUGACAAUAUUUAUUAAUUUUGUCUUUGGGUUAUUUUUCUUUGAUUUCCGUGCCAAUACAUACUACUCAUUCACGUAAAAAUUCUAAUAUCUCAUUUUCUUCUUUUUUAUUAAUCAUAAUUUAUUAUUUUAUUCUUACUAUUUGUGUAUACUCUUAGCUAAUAUUAUAAACUAAAUUUAAGUGAAGGGCUGUGUGUAUAAAAAAUAGUAUCAAAUUUCAUUUAUAAAAGUAAACGCAGAUGUUGAACAUGAAUAAAUGAAAUAUAUAUAAAUCAAAAAGAAAUUAAUAAAUUUGCGAACUUUGUAACUAGUAAUUAUUUUUUUAAAUAGUAGUUACGUUGAUGAAUUCUAUUUUUAUAUGGCCGCACUACGUAUGUAAUUUGUUUGCUCUCUUAGGUUUAUAUUUUAAUAUAUUUAUGUUCUUAGAAUUUAUGUCGAACAAAAAAAAUUAUAAUGCAAUAUAGAUCUGUUUUUUCAUAUUAUUUUAUUGUAUGUUUUAGUGUUUAGUAAUUUGUAAUUAUUCCACUCGUUUUGCAUUGAAAUCCAUGUGCCUAUUUAUAUUAUACUGUUAUGUAUGAUUGAUAUUAUUUAAGAAAUAAACACACUUUUUUCUAAAA